GUCGUCGAUGGAUUUUUACCUUUUUUUUAGUUGCCACUUCUGUAAUUGGAUAACGGAUGGCGGGACCACACUAUUAAAUUGAUAAGCCUUAGAAGUUUUUAAACUACUGUAUGUUUUAUUGGGUUGGAACUCUUCUACAGACAGAUGUUGUGCUACAAGCUAUUGUGCUUCUACUUGUUUGAGGGCACGGAGUCCUCCAAAGUUUUGAGCUUUGAACAAAGCAGGAGGGAAAGAGGGCAAAACGGAAGAGAUGAAAGCAGCAAUAUGGACACUCAUUUAGUUGAGAUCAAGAAUAGGGCAGUGUGCUGGUGAGCAGCCCUGGUUUUCCUUUUCUGAUGCUGAAAAUUUCAGCUUUCAUAGUUAUGGAAGAUCUUCAACAGAGUUCAUCAACUUCUUCCUCUUUAAUCUCCUGCUCGUCGUCCUCCUCUUCACUUAUUCAACUCCCAUUGGCAAUUGAUGCUGAGCUCUGGCUGAUGGCUGAGGAAAGGAUCCAAGAGAUAUUGAGUAUUAUCCAACCAGCUAUGGUUUCUGAGCAAAAAAGGAAGGAGGUCAUCGAUUAUCUUCAGCGACUAAUUAAUAGUUAUUAUGGAGUUGAGCAGGCAUUCCUGUUUGGGUCAGUACCGUUGAAAACCUAUCUUCCAGACGGUGAUAUUGAUUUGACUGUGGUUAGCCAUCAAAAUGCAGAAGUGGAAUUGGCUAGAGAUGUCUGUAGAAUCCUUGAAAGUGAAGAGCUGGACUCUGAAUUCCGAGUAAAUGAUGUUCAAUAUGUUUGUGCGCAGGUUAAGAUUGUAAAAUGCAGUGUGAAGGAUAUACCAGUGGACAUAUCUUUCAAUCAAAUGGCAGGGCUAUCUGCAUUAUGCUUUCUGGAGCAGAUAGAUCAACUUAUUGGGAAUAACCAUCUUUUCAAAAGAAGUAUUAUCUUGAUUAAAGCCUGGUGUUAUUAUGAGAGCCGAAUUCUUGGUGCCCAUUCUGGCUUGAUUUCAACGUAUGCAUUAGAAAUACUGGUUUUGUGCAUCAUCAAUCUCUUUCAUUCAUCUUUAUGUGGCCCUUUAGCGGUCCUAUAUAGAUUUUUGGACUAUUACAGCACAUUUGAUUGGGAAAAUUACUGUGUUAGUAUAAAUGGCCCAGUUGCCAUAUCUUCACUUCCAGAAAGUAUUGCAGACACUCUGGGAAAUGAUGGAGAUGAACUACUGCUCAGUCAGGAAUUUCUGAGGGGAUGCAGGGAAAUAUAUUCUGCUCCAAUUAAGGCAUUAGAAACUACGGGACAUGAAUUUCAUGUUAAGCACCUCAAUAUAGUGGAUCCUUUAAAGGACAACAACAACUUAGGGCGAAGUGUUAGCAAAGGAAAUUUCCACCGGAUCAGAUGUGCUCUUUUGCAUGGGGCUCAAAGGCUUAGAGCUAUCCUUAUGCUACCAGGUGAAAGCAUUGGUAUGGAGCUCGAAAAGUUCUUUGUGAACACUUUGGACAGGAAUGGGAAGGGACAUAGACCAGAUGCACAAGUUCCUGUCUCUGUGUUUGGUACUGGAAGAUAUGAAGAAUCUGAUCUCAGUGGAGACUUUAAUAGUUACUAUAAUGGUUUACUGUAUGGCCAGUGGUAUCAUGAUUAUACCUUGCCUGUUCCUUCCCAGUUGAAUCCUUCAUUGCCACCUUCUGAAAUCUGUAACAAAGGCGGAUGGGACAGCCUGCUCCAGUUUGUGCAUUGCAAGCAAAAUUUUUGUUAUCAAUGGGGAACAGAGGUAUUUGUCCCUAGACUACCAUUCUGCCAUCCUUAUGCUUCCCAUCUCUCUGGUGCUACAUUCAAUGUCAAUGAAGUUGAGAAAUCACGAGGAACUGGUGCAUAUAUUCGUGACAUGGUGUGUCAUUCUUACGAAGAACCAGAUGCUUCAGUUGGAGUAAGGGCUUCAGAACGUAAGACACAUGCUCUGACACUGAAAUCUUGUAGAAACACUGGUCAGGGUGAAGAUUUGUCACAAACAAACAAGGGCAGAGACGGUUGUUCCGUUGAUCUUUCACUGGAAGAAUUCCCACCUUUACCAGUCAUCAAGAAGCCAACACCAUCGGAAGCCAAUCACCAGUUCGAUCAGUCCACUGUUAAUUCAAUGCAGGGCAUGGAUUGCCCUUCUACACUAUGUAUUAAGUUUGGAACUUAUGAGAAAUCAGUACCACUCUUAAGGUUGCCUUCAUCACCAGUGAUGAAGAUGAAAACUUCGGGUGCUUCAACCACUUCAGAGUCCAAACAUAAAUCAUCUGAAAGUGAUGAAGAAAUGGUUCUCAUACAGUCAUACCAUCUGAAGGAUGAAGACUUCCCACCCUUGUCCUCAUGAAGGCAUUUAAGAGUGGAAGCAACAGUUACAGCAUGAAUACAAGCCUAUGCUCUGUUCCGACCUUUCUUGCAAGAGUUAAAUCCAUUCAGGAAUAGUUUUGUUUUAGUUUUUUUGCAUUUUCCCGUCUUCUGCCAAAGGCUAAUUAUUAAGUGACACUUUUGGAGGAUGGAUUUUAGACAGAAACUGUCUGACUUCCAGCCUCUGUCAGGGACUUUUGAACAUCUAUAAUCUAUUGCCAAGCAUUUUAUCAUAA